AACAGCGCACAGCUGCUGGGAGAGAAUGCUGCAGGUUCGCCCUCAGCUCAGGUGCGUGAUUUUUGUCCAACUCCGCUUUUAUUCACCUAUAACUUUAAUUGUUCAAGAGUGCAUGCACGAAGUUUAAAGCUGCAGCUCCGCUCUCCAAAUGGCUUGGAUUAUUCCCUCUCAUCUGCUCUGGACUGGCGCUGCUUUGCUUCUGCUCGCACUGAUUCUGACAGGUGAUGCAGCCGCGAGCGUUUCUGACAGCUAUGGAUUAUCGUACGCCCUGAGGCCUGAGCUCUCGGAGGACACCAUACUGGUAGCCAAUAACGGGGUCCGCGCGCCUUUCGGGAGAUCCGUCUUCAUUGAUCCCAUUAACGAUCUGGUGGUUCAAGUUCAGCCCGGCGACAGAUGCAGCAUCACAGUUUUGGACAACGACCCGCUGUCUCAAAAACCUGGACACUUGUCUCCGAAAAAGUUCCCGUGUGAAUUUGGCCCCAAUGAUGUGAAGUAUUCGCACUUUGGCUCCCGGAGUCCCCCGAGUGACAGGGUGAGGUUACAGCUCAGGUAUGACACCCAGACGGAUACAAUAAUAAUCCCAUUCAUGAUGGAGGUGGAGGUGAUCUUCACACAGCUGGAAGUGGUGACCAAAAACAUGCCACUGACUGUUGACAAACUGCUGGGCACCAGUAAUCCCAUCGAUCCAGGGAUUUUGGAGUUCACCUUUGAUAGAAACGCACAGACGUGUAAAAUAACUUCACUCACAAGUGGCAACGUGAUUCCCAGAUAUGGGAAACUUGUGGAUGAGGAAAGCCUGGGAACAUUGGUAGAUUGUGAUGAAUUCAUUAGGAUGAACAUCCGUUAUCAGCAUACUUUUGCCUCAAAGUCACCAAACAGGGAUUAUAUUCCCAUGCUUGUGGAAUUAUAUGAUAAAGAAGGCAAUGUGCUGAAGCAGGAAUUUUUCCAGAUUUUGGUGAGAAUAAAAGAGGGAGAGGACAACACGCCUCCUAAGCCCAGCUUUGUUGCCAUGAUGAUGAUGGAAGUGGACCAGUUUGUGAUGACAGCAAUAACCACUGACAUGCUGGCUGCUGAGGAUGUGGAGUCUAAUCCUGAUGAAUUAAUUUUCAACAUCACUUCCUCUCUCUCCUUUGAGGAGGGCUACAUAGUCAGCACGGAUGACAGGAAUUUACCAAUAACCUCAUUUUACCAGGGAGACCUCAAAGAAUUAAAAAUAGCUUAUAAACCUCCUGCUGUGGAUUCAGACACUGAGAGGAUUUUCCAGAUUGAGUUUGAAGUCGUGGACACCGAAGGGGCUGUUUCAGACACGUUUGCCUUCAUGAUCGUUGUCAAGCCGAUGAACACGCUGGCCCCUGUGGUUACCAGGAACACCGGUCAGUUAUUGUAUGAAGGCCAAUCCAGGCCGUUGUCUAGUUCACAGAAUCUGGAAAUCAGCGAUGAGGAUAAUUUAGACAAAGUCAGAAUUAGCGUCAUUGAUGGUUUGAGGCAUGGAGAGUUGACUGUUGUGGGAUCCAGGAGGAAAUUCUUCACCCCAGCUGACCUUGAUGCUGGAGCAGUCAUUUAUCAGCAUGAUGGUAGUGAUACAUAUAGUGACAAUAUUAUCUUCAGGAUGACGGACGGCACAAAUGAAGUCGAGUUUUUGUUUCCCAUCACUGUUGUGCCCACAGACGACGAGGCACCUAUUAUCAAUGCCAACACUGGUUUGAUUUUGUUAAAAAAUCAAGUCAUUCAAAUCUUCCCAUCUACGCUUAGUGCUGCUGAUAUCGACUCUGAAGAUUCUACAAUAAAAUUUGUGCUGGAGCCUCCCUAUUCAACAGUGGGGCAGGUGUUGCUGCGUCAGUCUGAGGCACCAAAGGACCCAUCUACUUGGAAGUUUAAUACAGAGGAUGAAAUGUAUGAGAAAGUAGUGACUGAGUGGCUGCAGCAGGAUAUUAUCGAUGGAAAAUUGUUCUAUAAGCACACAGGCCCCCACAGCACCAGCACAGUCAUGGAUCAGUUUGUUUUUACAGUGCAAGAUGACAAUGAUCCCCCUAAUCAGUCUGGCAGGAGCACAUUUAUAAUCAAAAUUAUUCCUGUUGAUGACCUCCCACCUGAACUUUACCCCAGCACUACCCUACAAAUGACUGUACACGAGUAUCAGCUCACGUACUUUCGGAAGAAAUUCCUCCGUUACACGGACCUUGACUCAGAGGAUCGGGAUCUCAAAUACACCAUCAUCCAACCGCCUACAGACACAGACGAGAACAGUCCUGUUGUACUGGGAGCCCUGGUAUUGACUGAAAACCCAAACACUGAAGUCACAACUUUCACACAGGCACAGAUUAACCAUCACAAAAUAGCUUAUAAACCGCCCGAUCUUGAACUUGGAAUUACCACUCAUGUUUUGCAGUUCAAAUACACAGUGGAGGAUGUCUCUAGAAAUAGUGUCGAGGGAGUUUUUACAAUAUUCUUAAAACCUGUGGACAACAAACCACCUGAAAUAACAAAUUCUGGUUUUAGCGUACUGGAACGUGGCAGACAUAUCCUCACCAGAGGAGAGCUGGACACAACAGACACAGACACAGACAGCAGCAAAAUAAUCUUCACUAUUGCACAGCCUCCUCUUCAUGGCCAGGUGCAGUUUAUAUUCACUGAAAUGACAAUGGGAGAUACAUUCAACCUAGAGCAUAUCGAAAAAGGAAUGAUCUCUUAUAUUAAUAAUGGCGAUGAAUCAACUGUAGAUUUUAUAAAAAUAGAUGUCAGCGAUGGGGUUCAUACUGUUCCAAUUACUAUAAAGAUUACAGUUAAGCCAAUUGAUGAUGAAAUUCCAACAAUCAACCUACCAGCUGGGACAAUAGGCUCCUAUAUAGAUGUACUAGAAAACGAAGCUACAGAAAUCACAAGUAAUGUGAUUCAGGGAAGAGAUGAGGACACAGAUGACCUUCGUUUGACCUUCAUUGUUGAAGACAAGCCAUCACUUGGUGAAAUCCUGGUGAAAGGGGUUCCAUCGAGCACUUUCACUCAAGCUGAUAUUAUUAACGGCUUUGUGGUGUAUGCUCAUACGAGCGGAGAGAUUGGCUUGAACACACGAGAGGACUUUUUUAACCUCACGCUUACCGACAUGUCUGAUGAGUGGACUAUAGGAGGAAAUAAAAUUACUGGUGUCAGAGUUCAUGUAACUAUUCUUCCUGUGGACAGCCAGGCUCCAGAGGUCUUUGUAGGGCCACAGUUUACUGUUACUGAGGGCGAAAAAAAUGUAAUUCAGAUUCUUCAUAUAAGCGCCGCUGAUGAUGACACCCCUAAUGAUGACCUCCUUUGUACAAUUAUUGUGCAGCCAACUUCAGGGUAUGUGGAAAACAUCUCUCCGGCCCCAGGCUCUGAGAAAUCCAGGUCUGGGACAGCUAUUAGCGCCUUCACCAUUAAAGACAUUAGACAGAAUCACAUUUACUAUGUUCAAAGCAUUCACAGAGGAGUCGAGCCAGUGGAGGACAGGUUUACCUUCAGAUGCUCUGAUGGCAUCAAUUUCUCUGAAAGGCACUUUUUUCCCAUCUCCAUAAUCCCCUCUAAUGAUGAAAAGCCUGAGAUUUACAUGAGAGAGUUUGUGGUUAUGGAGGGGAUGAACAUAGUUAUUGACACUCCCAUCCUGAACGGUGCUGAUGCAGAUAUCCCAGCCGAUCGGCUCACAUUCUCUAUCAUCAAACCCCCCAGGCAUGGUUUUAUUCUCAAUCAGCUCACAACCGGCACUCUCCCUGUGUCUAACUUUACCUUGGAUCAGAUCAUUGAUGGCUCUAGUAUUGUCUAUGAGCAUGAUGACUCAGAGACAACAGAGGACAGCUUUGAAAUUUUCCUCACAGAUGGAAAAUUCAGUGUGGAGAAAACAGUAAUUGUUAUGGUGAUCCCUGUGGAUGAUGAAACCCCUCGGAUGGCUAUCAAUGACGGCCUAGAAAUUGAGAUUGGUGACAUUAAAGUAAUUAACAACAACAUUUUAAAAGCUACUGAUUUGGACUCCGAGGAUAGUACACUGACUUAUAUCAUCAAGUUUGGUCCUGGCCAGGGCUAUUUGCAAAGAGCAAUGCCAUCUGGUGAAUUGCAAAAUAUCUCAGUUGGGAUGAAUUUUACACAGCAAGAAGUAGAUCAGGGAUUGAUUUUGUACAUCCACAAUGGGCAAGAGGGAAUCCGUGACCUCAUCAAAUUCGAUGUGACCGAUGGAAUAAACCCUUUGAUUGACAGAUAUUUCUACGUCACGAUUGGUGGCAUUGACAUAGUUUUCCCUGACGUGAUUAGCAAAGGAGUAUCCCUUAAAGAGGGAGGCCGAGUUACCUUGACAACUGACCUUCUCAGUACGAGUGACCUGAACAGUCCAGAUGAGCAUUUAAUUUUUACAAUCACCCGCGCUCCUGUUAGAGGACACCUGGAAUGCACAGACACACCUGGGAUGCCAAUCUCGUCGUUUACACAGCUCCAGCUGGCCGGUAACAAAAUCUAUUAUAUUCACACCGCUGAUGACGAGAUGAAAAUGGACAGCUUUGAAUUCGAAGUGACCGAUGGCUACAAUCCCGUGUUCCGCACUUUUCGCAUCUCCAUCACAGACGUGGACAAUAAGAAGCCCGUGGUUACGGUUCACGGCCUGGUGGUGACGGAGGGGGAGAAUAAACUUAUCACACCUUUUGAACUUACGGUUGAAGACAGAGACACUGUGGACCGCCUGUUGAAAUUCACAGUAACUCAAAUCCCAGUUCACGGUCGCCUGCUGUUUAACAACAGUCGGCCUGUCACUUCUUUCACAAAGCAAGACCUAAAUGAGAACAUGAUCAGCUACCAGCAUGAUGGCACAGAGAGCACAGAGGACAGUUUCUCCUUCAUUGUCACUGACGGCACCCACACAGACUUCUUUGUCUUCCCCGACACAGUAUUUGAGACCCGAAAACCUCAAGUGAUGAGGAUUACUGUUCUUGCCGUGGAUAAUGGGGUGCCACACAUUGUUGUUAACAAGGGUGCACAGACAUUGCGGGUGAUGGAGAGAAAUCAUUUGGGGUUUGUGAUUACCAGUAAGUCCCUUAAGGCAGAGGACAGGGACAGCAUUCAGGAUUCUGUGACUUUUAGGAUUACUGUGGCCCCAGAGCAUGGUUACCUGAUCAACCUUGGCAGAGGGAAUGCAACCGUCACCACCUUUACACAAGCGGAAAUCGAUGAUAUGAACAUAUGCUACAUUCUAAAGGAUGGGGACAACGCAACAAGUGACAUUUUCCUUUUCUCCAUCGAAGACAAAGGAGGCAACAAACUGAGAAACCAGCAGUUCAGACUUAAUUGGGCUUGGAUUUCUUUGGAGAAGGAACACUAUGUGGUGGAGGAGGAGGGGAAGUUCCUGGAGGUGGUGUUGAAACGUCGAGGCUACCUGGGAGAGACUUCGUUUGUUAGUAUUCGCACAAAGGACGGUACAGCAGUGAAGGACAAGGACUUCCGUGGAAAGGCUCAGAAACAGGUGCAGUUCAACCCGGGCCAAACCUCAGCCACUUGGAAAGUCAGAAUCCUGUCAGACAGCGAGUAUGAGGUGUCCGAGUCUUUUCAAAUUGUCCUCUCUGAGCCAGUGAUGGCUGCUCUCGAAUUCCCAGAGGCUGCAACAGUGGAAAUCCUGGACCCAGACGAUGAAUCAACAGUUUUCAUACCCUCAGCUGUGUACAACAUAGACGAGAACAUUGGUGAGCUGCUCAUACCUGUACGCAGAAGUGGGGAUGUCAGUCAAGAGCUUAUGGUUUUAUGCUACACCCAGCAAGUUUCCGCCACAGGCACUGUCCCCACCACAGUGCUGUCCUACUCUGAUUACAUCUCCAGGCCUGAGGACCAUCACAGCAUCCUGCGCUUUGACAAGGGAGAGAUGGAGAAAUACUGUCGGAUAGUGAUAAUUGAUGACUCCCUGUACGAAGAUGAGGAAAGCUUCAAUGUCACCCUUAGCAUGCCUAUGGGAGGACGCCUUGGUUCUGGGUUCCCCACAGCCAGAGUCAUAAUCAUUCCAGAUAUGGAUGACGCUCCUGUUUUCUACUUUGGAAGCACAGAAUACCAUGUGGAUGAGAGCGAUGCCUUUGUAGAGGUGCAGGUGUGGAGAACAGGCUCUGAUCUUUCUAAGGGAGGAACUGUCACAGUGCGAUCCAGAAAGACUGAUCCGCUCUCAGCUGAGGCUGGCCUGGAUUAUGUGGGGAUCAGCAGGAAUCUGGACUUUGCACCGGGCGUCACCAUGCAAACAUUUCGUGUGACCAUCCUGGAUGAUCUCGGUCAGCCAUUCCUUGAAGGGCCAGAAAAGUUUGAACUUGUACUGCGGAUGCCGAUGAAUGGAAUCCUCGGGGAGCCGAGCAAAACCACCAUUAUCAUCAAUGACUCCAUCUCUGACUUGCCCCAAGUGCAAUUCCGGCAUGCAGUGUAUGUGGGCAAUGAAAACUCAGGACAGAUCUCAGCCAUGGUGUACCGCAGUGGUGACAUAAGCUACAAGUCAACAGUCCGCUGUUACAGCAGGCAGGGGACAGCUCAGGUGAUGAUGGACUUUAAUGAAAGGCCAAACACGGAUGCGUCCAUCAUUACCUUCCUACCAGGAGAGAUUGAAAAACCUUGUUUACUUGUGUUGGUUGAUGACACGGAACAUGAGGAGGAGGAAGAGCUCCGUCUCGUCUUAGGGAGUCCCAAGAGUGAAUCUCCAUUUGGAGCAUCUAUUGGAAAGCAAAAUGAAACACUCAUUAAAAUCAAAGAUGAUGCAGACAGACCUGUUAUUAGUUUUGGAGAGAUCAAAUUUAGUGUAAAUGAACCAAAGGAGAAGGGUCAAGUCUCGGUGGUAAAGAUCUCAGUGUUGCGUGUUGGAGACACCUCUAAGGUCUCUGUUGUCCGAGUGCACACCAAAGAUGGAUCAGCUACCUCUGGGGAGGACUAUCAUCCAAUAUCUGAGGAAAUUGUGUUUAAACAGGGAGACACCAAGCACCACGUAGAGGUGGAGGUUUUAUAUGACGGUGUUAGAGAAAUGAGGGAGGCUUUCACAGUCCACCUCAGGCCUGAUGAGAACAUGGUGGCAGAAACAAAGCAGAUGAGUAAAGCCAUCAUCUAUAUUGAAGAGAGCAACAGCAUGGCGGAUGUGACUUUUCCCUCCAUUCCCAUCGUCAUCUCCCUCUUUAAUUAUGAUGACAUCGGACACAGCAGGCCCUCCCCACCUGUGGCUGGAUACCCUGUCAUUUGUGUCACUGCCUGUAACCCGAAGUAUCCAGACUACCACAAAACAGGCUCUAUCUGUGUGAGCGAGAACAUCAACAACACGUUAACACGUUAUCGCUGGCUUGUUAGCGCCCCCACUGGCCCAGAUGGUGUCACCAGCCCAAUGAGGGAGGUGGACUUUGACACUUUCUUCACCUCUUCUAAACUCAUAACUCUGGACUCAGUCUAUUUCCAGGCUGGCUCCAGGGUUCAAUGUGCAGCCAGGGCUGUGAACUCUAAUGGCGAUGAAGGCCUGGAACUCACCAGCCCCAUAGUGUCAAUCAGCACAGAUGAGGGAAUGUGUCAGCCUCGUGUUGUAGGCACAGUUGGGGCUGAGCCUUUUUCUGCCCGGCUACGAUACAGUGGAGCAGAAGAUACAGACCAUCCCAACCUCAUCAAAUUAACUGUCACCAUGCCUCAUAUUGAUGGAAUGCUACCUGUGGUCUCCACCCGACCCCUUUCUAAUUUUGAGCUGACGCUGAGCCCUGACGGGACCCGUGUCGGCCACCAUCGUUGUUCCAAUUUGCUGGACUACACUGAGGUCAAGACCCGCUACGGCUUUCUCAGUGAAGCCACCAAGAAUCCAGAGAUUAUUGGUCAGACGGCGCCCUACCAGUACAGCACCUCCCUGAGGGGAUCCAGCACUCUACGUUUCUACAGAAACCUCAAUUUGGAGGCUUGUUUGUGGGAAUUCACCAGCUAUUAUGAUAUGUCAGAGCUCCUGAGUGAAUGUGGAGGCACCAUCGGGACGGAUGGACAGGUGCUGAAUCUCGUUCAGUCCUUUGUGACCCUUCGAGUCCCACUCCAUGUCUCCUAUGUCUUCCACUCUCCUGUGGGAGCAGGAGGAUGGCAGCACUUUGACUUGCAGUCUGAGCUGAGGCUCACAUUUGUGUACGACACUGCCAUCUUGUGGAGAGAUGGUAUUGGGAGUCCACCUGAGGCUGAACUGCAAGGCGCCCUCUAUCCAACUAGCAUGCGUAUAAAUGGACUGGGGCAGCUUGUAGUUAACUUCCGUACUGAGGCUCGAUUCAGAGGGCUGUUUGUGCCUGCGCACCCAGGUUCCCCACUGACGUCCAUGGUCAUGUGUGCAGACCACCCUGGUUUAACAUUUAACCUUAGCCUUACUAGAACUGAGCCAACCUACAGCCAGCCCAUUCAACAGUGGACAUUCAUCUCUGAUUUUGCUGUGCGUGACUACUCUGGUAUGUACACGGUAAAACUGAUCCCCUGUACUUCCCCUCCAAGCUUGGAGUACACCCUUCCUCCCGUCUGCAGUCCCAGAGAGCCUCUCACUUUUGAUCUGGAUAUCCGCUUUCAGCAGGUUAGCGACCCCGUUGCUGCUGAAUUCAGUUUAAACACACAGAUGAUCCUGUUGUCUAAACGGACGCUCUGGCUCUCAGAUGGCUCUAUGGGCUUUGGACAAGAAAGUGAUACUGCUUUCUCACAAGGUGAUAUGAUUUAUGCCAGAGUGAUGGUGGAUCCAGUUCAGAACUUGGGCGACUCCUUCAUUUGCAACAUAGAGAAAGUGUUUCUGUGUACUGGUGCUGAUGGAUACGUCCCAAAAUAUAACCCAAGCAACUUUGAGUUUGGCUGCCUGGCUGAUGCUCCAUCACUGCUGUACAGGUUCAAGAUUAUUGACAAGGCCCAGCCAGAGACCCAAGCCCGUUCAUUUGGUAAUGUUGCCUUUAAUGCCUUCCUGGCAGUGGAUGACCCUGGUGCUUUAGCUCUGGUUAGACAGCCUGGAGCAGAUGGUUUUAGAAUGGAUUCUGCUGCUCUCUUUCAGGUGGCUGCGGGGAGAGAGUGGUACAUUCAUGCCAUCUAUACAGUCCGUUCCAGGGACAAUGCAAAUCGGGGAAUAGGGAAGAGAAGUCUGGAAUAUCAUGUGAUCAGCCAGGACCUAACAGGUCCUAACAAACACCAUCGUGCCAGAAGAUCUGCUAACAAUGAACCUGACAUAGUGGAUGGAAUCGGCGUGGAAAACAACCGCGGGACCAACAUCUUGCACAUCGCUUUGGACCGCAGCAGCCAGCAGAAGACAAGUCCAGAGAAGGAGAUCUUCACAGAAGGAAUCAUUCCCCGUGAACUCAACCAGAGAGACAGUGAUGACAGUCUGGUGUUAAUCAUUGGGAUCUUUGUUGGAUUGCUCCUCACUGUGCUUCUCAUCGUUUUAGUGGUUUUGCUGGUGCGAUCUAAGCAGGACAAGAAAGAAGUACCAAGGAACUCCAGCAGUACAGAACCCAUGGUCACUCAAAACCUCAACAGCAAUGACAGUUCUGAGGUCUAACACACCAAUGACUGACACUUUUUUUGUUUUGUUUUUUUAAGUGCCUCACAGUUAACUGAAAAAAAAUGUAUUAAGAUUUUUGUUUGAAGAAACACAAACUACAAAAGCUUUCAUAUUGUUCAGAAAAAACUACUUGAAUUACUGCUUCACUUCCAAAGACAGGGAGUGGAUUGAAAACUAAGGUGAUGGACGUAAUUAGCUGCUGUCUCAAAGUCCUCGUCAAGCUGUCAGCACUCACCGGCUGUUAUCGAUUGGCCUUGGCUGCCAAUUGAUCCAAAAAUAAAGUAUUAUGUUUCCGAUGGGGCUACAAGAGAACUGCUUACAUAUAAUAGCUUUGGCUGAGGAGGUCAUGAGAAACUGAAAAUCACUUUGAAGUUAUUAAGUAUAGAUUUUGUAAACACUGUUCAUAAUUAAAUUUCACACAUAAAAAAAAAAUAUCUUUUUUAUCAAGAAUGAGUUGUUUUUAGAUUGGGUGUGCUUCAGACUUUCCCAGGACUUUGAGGUUUUAAUAUGUAAAAUAUUUGUCUGGUGUGGUCAACAAAACUUACAAGAAAACAUUUCGAUGAACAUUUUAGUGUUUCUGUCUGUGCAUGCUUUUAAGUUCUGUAUUUUAAGAUGUCUAACGGCUAAUUUGACAUGAAUUUGUGAGAAAUGUGUCUGACCUGCUGUUUUCUACCACAUUCACACUGUAUAUUCUAAUGUUUAUCCAUAAUUAAUUGUUUGCAUUUCUCUUGAUCUUUUGCGGUUGAAACACUGUAAAAAAUUAGCACAUGGCACUAAAUCAAAGAAGAGCAUUUUUUGGUAUUAGAGAAGAAUUAAGACAGCUGGUCUGCAGUCUACAGCUUAUUAUACUAACGGUUUAAAGAGAAUACAUUUUACACGCUUGACAGAAAAACUUGUACACUUUAUUAGUAUCACUGGUAGAGAUUCGUAGAUUACUGUGGCUCUAAAGCUUUGUGUCAGCUUUGCUGUUUAGUUAUUUUUAAUCAUAUUUCACAUAAAGUGAAUCAAAUACUUCCCUUAAAUCCCUUUUUUACAAAUGAUUAUGUUAAGUUAUUUUCAGUACGUCUUUUUAGGCACACAUUUAUGCCUUUUCUUUUUGCAAUUAACUUUUAUUUGAACAUAUAUGUGUUAUAAACAUGGUGACAUUUCCAUUGAAACAUGCUCUAUUGUUUAAACUUUGUUAUCUUUGGCCUUCAUUACCAUAUCCUGUCUGCCGCAAAAGCUGAUUACCUCUGCGUUACUUAUUUUAUAAAUGCUUCGUCAUCUGCAGUUAAUUUUGAGAUUGAAAACUGUUCUAUGCAACAUUUAGUCUAAUACCUUUAUUAAAUAUCACUGUUUAUUUUCUUUGUUUUGCAAUCAUACUGCUACCUUACAUUUAACCUUGUAUCUACGUCUUGUGGUUGUUUAGCACAUGCUCUGAGUGCAUUCAAAGAGUUUUAUGUAUUUAUGUAUAUAAAUAUCCCGGAUUUUACAUAUUGAUGUACCAUUUGGAAGUUUUGGGAAUGGUUAUUGUUAUAAAAGGCAUACUGUAUGUGCUGUAAGAAUUUGUAACAUAGACCUGAAAUUCAACAUGGUCUGCAAAUAAAAUAAUUU